AACAACACGCAACAUCAUUUUGCAAAUUUCUCACAGGGCUGUGCCAAUCAGCUGAUUUUAAUGCUCACAAUGAUCAGCUGCUUGUCAUAGUCAAUUCGUAUGUCAUUCACAUGGUAUGCUUUCUACCGCCUUUCGUUAUUUGUUAUGUUGUCAAAAGUUGGUCCACUGCUCUUAACCAAAUUAUUUAAGCCGAGUUUUAAGUUAAAUUCUGACACAUCAGCAAACUUAUUUAUUAAACAAAUUCAACGGACUGCUGCACAUUCGCACAAACUUAAGUACGCCAUGGAAAAAGUUUACUUACGCAGUUCCAAUAAAACCGAUGAAUUGCAUAUAAGCUUCCACUACGAAAAUGAGGAACUUCGAAUCAAUAAAGAUUUCAAUUUCGUCCGUAAAAUGAAUGAAAAAGUUGAAACAGCGUUAACACGUAUACGCACCAAAAUUGAAAAUGAAUUGAAUAAACGUUCGAAGAAGAGUAAAAAGAAAACUCCAGCUGAAGUGCAGGAACCAGUUGCUGAUGUGAAUAUGAGUGAGAUUUCAUUGGAGUUCAUAUAUUCUGGCACACAGAGCAAGAUAACUGAUGUAACGUUUGCUGAAAUGCUUCAAAACACUCCUGGAGAUUUGCAUAUGAGAGUAAUAGAUAAAACUUUCCAGAUUGUUGUCAAUCAGCCUUGGAUAAUUAAUUUGGUGUUACCAACAACGGUACUUGCGGGAUAUCUAGUUUAUCCAACAAAACUUGAAAUUCAAUUUGCUGAGAAGGAAUACAGUAGAGGCGAAUGGUUCAAAGCAAAAAUGCCAGUUUCGAAAGAUCUACAACGAGCCGAGUGGGAACUUUGUGGAAGUGGUCUCUAUUAUAAAACCAAAAAUGAAGAUAUUGGUUUUCUUCUGAAAUUUAUUUUAACACCCGCCAAUAGAAAAGGUGUACACGGACCACCUGUAGAAAAUAUAACCAAAAAUCCAGUUGAAGCUGGGCCAGGUCAGUGCCAAUUUGAAAUGCGUCACUGUUUAACAACGGAACGUUUAGCUGGCAAUGCACUGCGUGUAGUCUCAUAUAAUUUACUGGCUGAUCUUUACGCUGACAGUGACUAUUCACGCACACAACUCUUUCCUUAUUGUCCACCGUAUGCACUUAAAAUAGAAUAUCGUAAGCAAUUGUUUCUGAAGGAAAUAUUAGGAUAUAAUGCGGAUAUAAUAUGCCUACAAGAAGUCGAUACGAAAAUUUUCGAUUUGGAUUUAAAACCCAUUUUGGAAUUGCCUGAACAUAAUUAUGAUGGUAUAAUGGCAGAGAAGGGAAGCAGUGGUGAAGGUGUUGCUACAUUUUAUAGAAAUGAUAGAUACGAGUUAUUAAAAACGUACGACGUUAAUUUAGGCGAGAAUAUUCGUACAUUAUCGAUUUUUGAGAAACUUUGGCAUAAAAUAAGUGAUAAUCAAAAGUUAGUGGAAAGAAUCUGUGAUCGUGCGACAACACUGCAGCUUACCGUAUUGAAAUGCAAGGAGAACGAGAAACUUUUGCUGGUAGCUAACACUCAUCUGUAUUUUCAUCCCGACGCCGAUCACAUUCGUUUACUACAAAUAGGUUUUUCUAUGCUUUAUGUGGAACAUAUGUACAAGCAAACAUUAGCUGAAUUCAAUAUGCAACCAGAUAGCAAAAAUCUCGCCAUCAUCUUCUGUGGUGAUUUUAAUAGUGUACCUGAGUGCGGCAUUUAUAAAUUGAUGACCGAAAAGUUUGUGGACAAAGACUUUAUAGAUUGGCGAAGUAAUGAGGAGGAAGCUGUUUCAAACGUGUCAUUGUCACAACCUUUCCAUAUGGAAUCAGCUUGUGGUACGCCAGCUUAUACGAAUUACACACACCUUUUCGCUGCCUGCUUGGAUUAUAUAUUCUAUCAAUGUGAUCGCUUGGAAGUGCAGCAAGUUGUAAUGCUGCCAACGGAGGAGGAACUGAAAGCACAUAUUGCCAUCCCGUCUGUAGUUUUCCCAUCCGAUCACAUUGCUUUAGUAGCCGAUUUGAAAUUUAAAUAAAUCUUCAAUUUAAAAACAUGAA